AUGCCGUCAGCUUCACGUCGCAGGAUUUCGGUGGACUUGUCAACCGCCGAAGCGGUUGGCGUUAUACAUAAUACAAUGGAUCAACUGAAUUCGUUGUGGGAUGAGAUUCACAUGGACGAGUCGCAACGAAUGAGCCGGGUGGAAUGCUUCUAUGGACACAUCAAA